AUGAGUGAAACUGAAUCCGACUACUCCAGAGAGGAAGAACAGCCUGUAGAACGAGGCCAUCGCCCGAGUACAUCGAGGAGGGAAAAAUACCCGAUGCCGAAUCCGCCUCCGAGGCAUGCUUGGUUACGUCCGUGCAUGCAAGGUUAUGCCGGACGAAUCAAUCACUAUGUAAAGGACACGACACUGAAGGAAGUAGAGACCUGUCUGACGCACUACCAGCGUUUAGAACAAUUUAAGAAAGGUCCGUUUGGGCAUUUACUUCAGUUGAAGAGGCAGGAUAGUGCGAAUGCCGCACUGCACCAUCUUCUUGCACGGGAGUUGUAUGACGAAGCAUUCGGUCCGUGGGAGAAGUGGUUCCACGUUGGUGGACACGACAUUCGAUUCGGCGCAGUGGAGUAUUGUCUGUCUGGGCAACAGUGCCCAGGAUUAUUUGAAGGCGGCCAAUAUUCUCGUGGCGUUGAUCUCCUCUUCUGUCGGGAUUAUAAAUACGUGCACGAUUGGGUGUGGGCACUGGUAGAGGAAGAUCAGAAAUGGUCCGACUUCCCGUGGGGCUCUUACUCAUUCCAGAUGUUGUGUCAUGGGAUGAGUGUGUUGAAGAAGCAUCCCAACGAGAUUACCGGUAAUAGGAAGACGUACCACUUCUAUGGGCCCAUAUGGGCAUUACAGAUUUGGUCGUACGAGGCCAUUCCGAGGUUGGGCCGCGCGUGUGGGAUGCGUGACCCGAGGUUGCAGAUGCCACGGUUGGUGAACUGGACGACUUGGAAGUCGGCUUCUGACUUCACCCACUUUUUUGAUGCUCAUGAGGCCGAGUGUCACCGGACACUCGAACCGGUCGAAGAGGAGAAUGAUUCAUGGUAUUUGCAGACCCUGAGGCAUCCAGAGCCUUUUUCUGUACGAUACCAUCCUGGAGGGAAAUAUGCCGGCUUGAUAGAGCCAGUUGUACCGGAGCCGCCUCCUCCUGUUAGGCCUCCCCCUGUGCAGAGGAGUAUCUCACGAGCAGAGAUGACUCGUGAGAAGCAGCCUGUCCCUGUCCCGAGGAGUAGCUCACGAGCAGAGAGGGCUCGUGAGAAGCAGCCUGUCCAUGUUGAGCGGCAUAGACAGACGUAUGUUGAUCCGACUGGUAGCCCAUCGAAGCGGCCCAGGCCGCAGGAGUUCGAUGAUUCAGUGCCUCGAGCAGAUCCAGAUGCUGAUUAUUGGAGGCGACGUGAUGAGGACUUGAUUGCCCGUGUCACUGAGAGCGUGACACGGGAGCAGAUCCGGACCGUGAUCCCUGAGGUGCGGCGGGCGAUUGUAGACAACGACUCCGAGCAUGGACUGGUUGCCAAAAUUACACGGAAGGUCGUGGCCGCUGUGAAGGAUAUAUUCGGUGGGCGAUCUUCUUCGAGGAAGCAUAGAUCAUCAUCCAGCCAUGCCAGUCGUCAUAGACACGGGAGUGAGGAGUUGGACCAGCCGAGACCCAGUCACAGACGGUCUACAUCUCACAUUCCUAGUCCUGGGCAUCGGGGUCAUGAGGAUCCGCCUCAUGUGAGCCAUAGGCACUCAGUUGGAGACCUGGAUCGGCAGCAUCGGGGUCACAGUCGAUCACAGCAUGGAGAUGAUCCACCCCAUGCGAGUCAGCGGCGAUCUGCCUCACGUCACAGUGAGAGGGAGGCAUCUAUGAGGCGAUCAGCCUCACAUCGUGGUGAGAGGCAGACAUCUUUGAGGCGAUCUGCCUCACGUCACAGUGAGAGGUCAGCUCGUCAGCGGAGUCCAGUGACGCCUAUGCAUGGAGAGGGAGAUGACGAUGUCCAGUUCAGCUGGACUACUGACGAGGAAGAGGCCCAGGAUGUAGGGCGGCCACGACGCCCGAUUAAGCCGUCUGCUCUUCUACAGAGUCCGUAUGUGACCGAUGGCCCACUUGACACUCCUACGGCAAAGAAGGUUGCUUUCCGCAGAUUUAGAGAGAUGGGCGACGAUGCAUGUGUUGCUGUAGUGGAGACUGGAUAUAUCAUGACCCAGGGCUUUUUUGGGCGUAUUUUGGAUCGUCGGGCUGAGUUCGAUGCUGAGAUUAUAGACCUCUGGAUUUUGAAGCAAAAUCGAAGGAUCAGAGUUAACCAGGAAUAUAUAGUGCAUCGGGCUCGAACUCAACUCCAGCCGGGUAUUAGUCGAGUUAGAACUCCAGUGGCUGCAACCAUUUUAUAUGUAAGUUUAAUGUGA